AUGGAUAUUCGAGAUUGCCCUUUUCGGAAGAAGCGGAGACCAUGGCGCGUGGACCUUUCCUCUUUUGCCUUGGUAACUCUGGUGCUCGCGCUGUGCCAACUACCCGUGGCUCGAGCAGAUCCAGUGGAUGUGUUGCGGAUGCUGCAGCUGCCCUCUCUCCCCGAGGGGGUGCGGAAGGUUCCAGGCUUCUGCACCUCCCGCCGUGCCGGCACCGCUGACCAUGCCUACCGCAUCUCCAAGAAGGCCCAGAUCUCUGCCCCUACCAAUCAACUCUUCUCAGGUCGUUUCCCAGAGAACUUCUCCAUCAUGGCUCUGGUCAAGGCCCAUGCUGGCCUCCAGGCCUUCCUGCUGUCCAUCUACAGUGAGCAGGGUGUCCAGCAGCUGGGUGUGGAGCUGGGACGCUCCCCUGUCUUCCUGUACGAGGACCAGACCGGCAGGCCCGCGCCCGAGGACUACCCCCUCUUCAGCGGCAUCAACCUGGCCGACGGCAAGUGGCACCGCAUCGCUAUCUCCGUGUCGAAGAAGAACGUCACCCUGCUCCUGGACUGUAAGAAGCGCAUGACCAGGGCCCUGCCCCGCAGCAAAAACCCCGUGGUGGACACCAAGGGCAUCACCGUGUUCGGAGCACGCCUGCUGGACGAGGAGGUCUUCCAGGGUGAUAUCCAACAGCUGCUAAUCGCAUCCAACCCUCAGGCUGCUUAUGACUUCUGUGAACACUACAGCCCUGACUGUGACUCCCCUCUACCCAAAACCCAGUCCCAGGACCCCAACACAUACGUGGAGGGAACGUUGGUGGCAGAGGAGGUAGAGUUGGCCAAGGCAGGGGGUGAGGUCGAGGCCUUUACUGAGGAGUAUGUGACUGGAGACCUGGGCAUGAAGGAAUACGAUUAUUCCUACAAGGACUACAACGAGCCCCUGCCCGAGGGAGAGACCGAGGGCAACAUGGGCCCCGCCCUGUCUGCUGUGAGAGACGAGGGAGGCGGUAUGUUGAUUGAGGGACCUCCGGGACCAGAGGGACAGGCAGGUCUCCCCGGACCUAAUGGCCCAUCUGGCCCUCCUGGCUCUGUCGGUGAUCCUGGCGAGAGGGGCCUCCCUGGAAAGGCUGGUAUCGCUGGUGCCGAUGGUGUGCCAGGCCCCCCUGGAACGUCCGUCAUGCUGCCCUUCCGUUUCGGAAGCAGUGGAGGUGACAAGGGUCCCAUGGUCUCAGCGCAGGAGGCCCAGGCUCAGGCCAUUCUGUCUCAGGCCAGGCUGGCUCUGAAGGGACCACCCGGACCAAUGGGCUACACUGGACGCACAGGACCCCUGGGUACCCCUGGAAGUUCUGGUCUGAAGGGUGAAGGUGGGGAUCAUGGACCUCAGGGCCCCAGAGGACCACAGGGUUUGAGCGGACCUCCCGGCAAAUCAGGAAGAAGGGGUCGUGCUGGAGCUGAUGGAGCCAGAGGCAUGCCAGGAGAAGGUGGGCCUAAGGGUGACCGCGGUUUCGAUGGCCUGCCUGGAUUGCCUGGGGACAAAGGACACAGGGGUGAUACCGGAGGAUUGGGACCCCACGGAGGUCCCGGAGAGGACGGAGAGAGGGGAGACGACGGAGACAUCGGACCCAGAGGACUUCCAGGUGAACCAGGACCUCGUGGUUUGCUCGGUCCUAAAGGUCCCAACGGAAUCUCCGGACCUCCUGGUGUGCGUGGAAACGACGGGCCCCACGGUCCUAAAGGAAACCUGGGUCCCCAAGGAGAGCCAGGCCCCCCAGGGCAGCAGGGUACCUCAGGAACCCAGGGAAUGCCAGGACCACAGGGAGCCCAUGGGCCCCCAGGAGAAAAGGGUCCUACAGGAAAACCCGGUCUGCCAGGCAUGCCUGGAGCCGACGGCCCCCCUGGUCACCCAGGAAAGGAGGGACCUGUUGGUACCAAAGGAAACCAGGGUCCCAACGGUCCUCAGGGAACUAUUGGCUAUCCUGGCCCUCGUGGCAUUAAGGGAACUCAAGGUAUCCGGGGACUGAAGGGUCACAAAGGAGAGAAGGGAGAAGAUGGCUUCCCUGGAAUCAAAGGAGACUUUGGUGUCAAGGGGGAAAGAGGAGAGGGUGGAGUGCCCGGCCCCAGGGGAGAGGACGGUCCUGAGGGGCCAAAGGGCCGUGUUGGCCCCCCUGGCGAGCUCGGACCUAUCGGUCUGGUCGGAGAGAAGGGCUCCCUCGGUUUCCCAGGAUUCCCUGGAACCAACGGCGAGAAAGGAACAAGGGGUACAUCAGGAAGUGACGGCCCAUCUGGUCCACCAGGAGAGAGGGGACUGCCCGGACCUCAAGGAGCAAACGGUUUCCCAGGGCCAAAGGGACCUCCCGGACCACCAGGAAAGGAUGGACUGCCCGGACACCCUGGACAGAGAGGAGAAGUUGGUUCCUCAGGAGAGACAGGCCCCCUGGGCGAGCGCGGUCACCCCGGGCCUCCAGGACCACCAGGCGAGCAAGGACUCUCCGGACCCUCUGGCAAGGAGGGAACUAAGGGAGACCCUGGUCCCCAAGGCGGCCCCGGCAAAGAUGGACCCCCAGGACUGAGAGGCUUCCCCGGAGAGAGAGGAAUGCCUGGCACCCCGGGUGAGAAAGGUCCGAUCGGCCCGGCUGGUCGUGACGGUGUCCAGGGCCCAGUGGGUCUGCCAGGUGCUGCCGGAUCCAUCGGAGUUCCAGGAGAGGACGGAGACAAGGCCAGUAACCACCAUGAUAUCUCCAUCACAUAUUCUAAUUACUGUGUUUACCACGUGAAACGAUAUCACAAUGCUCAUUUCAAACCUCUCGUAACAAAAGCUUUUGUGGUGGAUUUUUGGGAUUACAGGGGAGCUGAUGGAGAACUAGGAGCCAGAGGUCAGCAGGGGCCAUUUGGGGCCAAGGGAGAUGAAGGAUCAAGAGGAUUCCCAGGGGCCCCAGGUCCCAUUGGACUGCAGGGUCCUCAAGGUCCUCCUGGUGGUGUGGGUAACCCUGGAAACCUGGGAGAUAAGGGAGAGCCUGGCGAAGCUGGACCACCUGGAAUCGGAGGAGAGCCAGGAAAGAAGGGCCCUGUUGGUUUCCCUGGCGACCCCGGUCCCCCUGGUGAACUCGGUCCCGGAGGAUCUCCUGGACCCACUGGUGAGAACGGACCUCCUGGUGGACCAGGAAAGAGGGGUCUUGCUGGAACGAGAGGACCAGAGGGACGACAGGGAGAGAAGGGAACUAAGGGAGAUCCAGGUGCCAACGGACCUCCAGGAAAGACAGGCCCCGUCGGACCUCAGGGUCAACCAGGCAAACCAGGAACUGAGGGUCUGAGAGGACUCCCUGGAUCAGUGGGACCGCCAGGUUUGCCAGGACUGCGCGGCGAGGGCGGUGACAAGGGAGAGAAGGGCCACUCGGGUCUGAUUGGUCUGAUUGGGCCCACCGGAGAGCAGGGAGAGAAGGGAGACAGGGGACUGCCAGGGCCACAGGGGACACACGGAUCCAAGGGAGAGACGUUUGCUGAUGAUACAACAGUGGUAGGCUUGAUCACCGACAAUGAUGAGACAGCCUAUAGGGAGGAGGUCAGAGACCUGGCAGUGUGGGUCCAGGACAACAACCUCUCCCUCAAUGUGAGCAAGACAAAGGAGAUGAUCGUGGACUACAGGAAAAGGCGGGCCGAACAGGCCCCCAUUAACAUCGACGGGGCUGUCGUGGAGCGGAUCCUCAAAAAGUUCUACAGCUGCACCAUUGAGAGCAACCUGACCGGUUGCAUCACCGCCUGGUAUGGCAACUGCUCGGCAUCCGACUGUAAUGCACUACAGGGGGGUGUUUCUGGAGGCACUGGGCCCAUCGGUCCUGGUGGCCCUGCUGGUAUGCCCGGUCCCGAAGGUGUGAAGGGAGCUAAGGGUUCUACAGGAGGAGCUGGUCCCAAGGGAGAGAAGGGUGUCUCAGGACCCCCCGGAUCUCCAGGUCCUCCAGGUGAAGUCAUCCAGCCAAUGCCCAUCCAAAUCUCCAAGAAGUCCAAGCGCUCCAUCGACGCCAGCCGGAUGCUGUCUGAGACAGACGCAGAGUCUGCUGCAGCCGACGCCACAGGCACAGAGUUCCUGACAGGCAGUGAGGGCAUAGAAGAGAUCUUCGGCUCACUGAACUCGCUGAGACAGGAGAUCGAGACCAUGCGCUUCCCUCUGGGCACCAAGGACAGCCCCGCACGCACCUGCCAGGACCUCAAACUCAGCCAGCCAGAGCUCAAAGACGGAGAGUACUGGAUCGACCCCAACCAAGGUUGCUCUCGCGACUCUCUCAGGGUGUUCUGCAACUUCACCGCCGGUGGGGAGACAUGUCUGUACCCCAGUAAGACCGUGGACACGGUAAAGCUCAACUCUUGGACCACGGAGAAACCAGGCUCCUGGUACAGUGAGUUUACAACUGGCAGCAAGCUUUCGUACGUGGACUCUAAUGGCGAGCCGAUCGGCGUGGUCCAGUUGGGCUUCCUGCGGUUGCUGAGUGUCCAGGCUCGCCAGAACUUCACCUACCACUGCCACCGCUCCGUGGCCUGGGCCGACCGCACAGCCAAUAACGGCCACAAGAGGGCGCUGCACUUCCAGGGCGCCAACGAUGAGGACCUCAGCUACGAGACCAGCCCAUACAUCAAGGCCCUGGUCGACGGCUGCUCUUAUCGUAAGGGCUUCGACAGGACAGUGGUGGAGGUGAACACGCCCCAGGUGGAGCAGCUUCCUCUGCGGGACCUCAAGAUCACAGACUUUGGGGAGAGCAACCAGAAAUUCGGCUUUGAAGUGGGACCUGUCUGUUUCCUGGGCUAA